AUGUGCAGUUACUACAGAAGAUUAGUAAAAGACUUCUCACAUAAAGCCAACCCAUUAUUUCAGUUAACUAAACACGAUAACAAUAAGUACAUAACUUGGAACAACGACCACGAAGACGCCUUCAACAAAUUAAAAACAAUUUUAACAUCGGAACCUGUAAUAGCAAACUUCUCUGAUGACAAAGAUACUUAUCUAACAGUAGACGACAGCAUAAUCGGCCUCGGAGCUGUACUAGAACAACCAGACGAAACUAACAAUUUAAGACCCAUAGGAUAUGCAUCACGAAAAGUACUAGACUCUGAAAAAACAUAG